GCGUGAAACACUUCGAACCUCUACGGGAGAGAACAUAGUAGGAUAUCAAGAAGUCAGACAGGCUGAAAGCUGUAGGUAGCCGGAUUUUGCUUCUUUUCAUAGCAUUAUGCGCAAUUGCGCAUACGAUGUGAUCCAGUGUGAUGUUAUGUGAAAAAACUUCCGCUUCGCAGAAAGCCCUCCAGUGCUGACUCCAUUAAUGGGAAACACAUCCAGAUUCCCUCACAGGGUUUAGAUGAGCAACUGGUUAGAUAGUUAACAAAUAGAUCGAGGGAUUUCCUUUUCGAUAUUUGACUCUUAGAGGCGGUAAGCAUGAUUUGGACUCCUGAACACCGUGACUGGUGACUGACUUUGCAUGACAACUGCGGAUGCGCUCUUCCCAAGUUUGGAUAUUCAGGCGGAGGCACCAUGGACGCAGCGGACAUAGUUGCUUCUUUGCUUAUUUUGGGGAUUGUCGUCGUGUCGCUGCUCUCCAACGUCGUGGUGCUGAUCUGCUUUCUGUACAACCCGGAGAUCCGCAAACAGGUGCCCGGUCUCUUCAUCCUCAACUUGACGUUCUGCAACCUGUUGCAGAGCGUGUCCAACAUGCCUCUAACUCUGGUCGGACUCGUCACUUCGGGGCACCCCGGAGGAAUCGGCUUCUGUCAGAUCGUCGGCUUCCUCGACACCUUUCUCACCACGAACGCAAUGCUCAGCAUGGCAGCGCUCAGCAUCGAUAGAUGGGUGGCGGUGGUGUUCCCGCUGAGCUACCAUUCACGAAUACGCCACCGGGAUGCGGUGAUGGUGCUGGGAUACACCUGGAUACAUUCUAUGUGCUUCUCCGCGGUGGCCAUCUGCCGCUCCUGGCUCGGGUACAACCACCUUUACGCAUCGUGCACCCUCUGCAGCGUCCGGACGAAGGCAGCUGGGAAGCAGUUCAUCGUUUUCACUGUGGCUUUGCACUGUCUCACAUUCCUCCUCACGCUGAUCGUGAUGUGUGUAACGUAUCUCAAAGUGCUAAAAGUUGCAAGGUCUCACUGCAAGCGCAUCGACGUGAUCACGAUGCAGACGUUGGUGCUGCUGGUGGAUAUUCACCCCAGUGUUCGCCAGAAAUGCCUGGAGGAGCAGAAGCGGAGAAGGCAGAGAGCCACCAAGAAGAUCAGUACAUUCAUCGGCACAUUUGUGGUCUGUUUCACGCCUUAUGUCAUUACAAGAAUCGUAGAGCUCUUCUCCCCUGGGCCAAUAAACCCUCACUGGGGCGUCUUCUCCAAAUGUUUGGCCUACAGCAAGGCAGCAAGUGACCCGUUUGUCUACUCACUGCUGCGCCACCAGUACAGGAAGACAUACAGCCUGCUGGCUAAUAAAGUCCUCAAGAGAAGUCCUCUCAACUCCUCGUCCUUCCGGUUAGAAAGCAAAGCUAGGACAACUACAGUCACUCCAGCUCAACCGUCAGCAUCCAACCAUCAACUAACAAACCAGUCAGCCAAUGAGGACAAGCGUGUAUAGAGACGUAUAGAAAAGCGAAGAAAGCCGAUUAACCUCUUUGUGUUAAGGUUGCUUUUAAACAAACAGUUGCACAGUGAAGAACAAGACUGAUAAUGUUCUAAAUAUAUUUAUUUUUAUAGACAAAAUGAGCCCCACAAAAAGUAUUUGGCAAACUUGAGUCAAUGUGUCUCUUCGCAAUGCCUGAAAUUUAAGCUGCUGAUUUGCUCCUGCCAAGGCCAUCUUUUUGAAUCCUUUUUUUUUUAUUAAAAAGUUCAAAUAAUUGCCACAAACACACAG